AUGAAAAUUAUUCUCCUUUCUAAAACUCUCUUUGAAUGUGCCUCUCUCUCUUUCUCUUUCUCUCUCUCUCUCUCUCUCUCUCUCUCUCUCUUCUUGGGCAAUACUAGAUUGGCAGAUAGGUCUCAUAAUUUUACUUUUUCCCUCUCCCUCCCUCUCGCUUUUCGUAUCUCUCCCCCUCUCUUUCUCCCUCUUUUACGCUUUCUCCUUCUUUUUGCCCCUCUCUCCCUCUUUCUCCUUAACUCUCUCUUUUCUUCUCUCUUCCCUCUUUCUCCCCACUCUUUUCCUCUCUCUCUUUUUUGUCCCUCUCUCUCUCUUUUUCUCUUUCUCCCUCACUCUCUCUUUUCUUCUCUCUUCCCCUUUUUCCCCCUCUCUUUUCCUCUCUCUUCUCUCUUUCUCUCUCCCUCUCUCUCUCCAUCCAUCUCUCUUUUCUUUUCUCUAUGUCUCUCUUUCCCUCUCUUUCUCCCUCCCUCUUUCGCCAUCCAUCGCUCUUUUCCGCUCUCUAUGUCUCGCUCUCCCACUCCGUCUGUCCCUCAUUCAGUUUUCCUUCUCUGUCUCUCUAUCUCUCACUCUCUCUCAUUCUCUCUCCCACUAACUACUUCUCUCUCCCUCUCUCCCACCCAUCUCUUUUCCUCUCUCUCACUCUUUUUUUUUCUCUCUCUCUCUCUCUCUAUCUCUUCUUCUGUUCCUCCCUCUUUCUUUCCCGCCUUUUCUGUUUCCGCCCCUCUCUGGCGUUGGUCCUACUGCAUCGGUAUGAUGGACGCUUUACAGUUCCUUCCGCAGAUACCAUUUAAAGAUAUCAGGAAUAAAUUGCAAAUCGCUUGA